AAAAAAAAAAACUUUAUUGUUAAAGAAACAACAAGAGGGAUUCUCUUUGUGGACAUAUUCUCAAGGGAGAUUUCAAAAGGUCAUUUUUUGGAGAUCCAUUUUAUAUAUGAUUCUAAGGGAAGGCUCAAGUAAAUGUGAAAUUUUGCCUGGGGUUGUAACUUCCCCCAAGAAAGCUUAUCUUGCUCUGAGAGGAUGUGAGACCAUUUGGAUUUGUUACAGGGCUCACUCAGGUCAUACAGAGUUCACUUUCAUUGUCAUAAUCCUGCCUCUUCAGAGUACCAUCCCAUUGCUCUGAAGGCUGAUGAACAAAUGUAGGGAGCUAGAUAUCUGAAAAUAUCUUUACAAAAGUACUGAAGAAAGAAAUUCAGUAAUACCCUAUUGCAUCUAUGAAAGCCUUCUGUAUCCUGCUGCCAAUUUACCUUUGUAGAUUUUAUUCUAUGUUAAUCACUCUUCUUUCCUUUCUGUGUUCCAGGCAACCUGGACUACUAAUUGUCCUGAACCUGGCAUUUUGGCUCUUGUUUUUGACAGAUUUUCUGUGACUAAAAAUUUCUCCCAUCCUCUUGUAUCUCUGCUUUCCAGUCUCAGCUUAGUCUCUCUUAUAGAGACUCGAUUUUUUAAAUUCUUAGUUUGUUGUUUCUUUGUUCUUUUAUAAUCAAUAAAUAUUAGUGUGAAUUGUUGAAGUGUUUGGCCAGUUUGUGAAAUUAAAGUUACUGAAAUAUUUUGCUUUUUUGUGUCCUUUGUUUAAUGGUGAUUGUAGGGUUUUGGGGCACUUCAAUACAUAUGUAAAUGUAGCUUUUGGGCAAAUUUCUACUAUAAAGUGGUCAUUUUCUUAUAGAACAUGGGCAAAUCUGGAAUGAAAACAGCAGAAGAAUUCUAAGACUUCACCAUGUAUUGGCUUGCAGACUGUCAUCUCUACCAAAGAAUCAAAAGAGAACCAAUGAUAUCAUGAGAUGAUUACUUGACUGGCAUGUAAAUUGGAUUUAAGUGAAGCAGAGUUGCUCAAAGUUGUCAUCCUCCCUCUGUCUUCCAGCAUCAUUGAAAACCAGUGAUGGCCCAGAAUUCAGUGGAUGAUUACUAUGAGAGAGCAUUCCUAUAGACAUUUUAAAACAGUCAUCAUGGGAAACUCUAGUCCUGAGUCCUGUAUUGUCCUGAUUGGUUGAAGAUCACUGCUUUGGUCAAAUCUAAAGAAGGCACAUAUGAUUUUGAUUGUUUCUGUUUCUGAGAAAAAUAAUCAAAUUUUCCAGCACCCCGAAACAAAUCCAGUUGAUAAUUUCAGUGACUCAGAAAGACCCUCUGAAAACAUUUUGUGGUGGUAGUAGUAUCUUGCUUAUGAAGGAAAGAAAGAAUGUAAAAUCCAAGGACUUGAAAAGAAGGCUUCCUACUCGUAACAUUGGAAGGAUUUCUGAAAGAAAUUGCUCACGCACUCUCGACAGAUACUAAUUUGUUUGAAGCAUCAUGUGUUGAAAUUAAAAAAAAAAAAAAAAAGGGAGCCAACCCACCUUUGUGCUAUCUUCCAAGUCACCAUGUUGUUUGUAGCUCUUUGAGCUCUAGGCAAGCAAAAGGAGAGAGUUGAGAACCUGAAAAUGAGGCCAUGGACUGGCUCCUGGCGUUGGAUUAUGCUCAUUCUUUUUGCUUGGGGGACUUUGUUGUUUUACAUAGGUGGACACUUGGUAAGGGACAAUGAUCAUCCUGAUCAUUCUAGUAGAGAACUCUCCAAGAUAUUGGCAAAGCUCGAACGCUUAAAACAACAGAAUGAAGACUUGAGGCGGAUGGCAGAGUCUCUCAGGAUACCAGAAGGUCCCAUGGAGCAGGGACCAGCUGCAGGAAGGGUACGUGCUUUAGAAGAACAGCUUUUAAAAGCCAAAGAACAGAUAGAAAAUUACAAGAAGCAAACCAGAAAUGGUCUAGGAAAGGAUCAUGAAAUACUGAGGAGGAGGAUUGAAAAUGGAGCAAAGGAGCUCUGGUUUUUUCUCCAGAGUGAAUUGAAGAAAUUGAAAAAUUUAGAAGGAAGUCAACUCCAAAGACAUGUGGAUGAAUUUCUAUUUGAUUUGGGUCAUCAGGAAAGGUCAAUAAUGACAGAUCUGUACUACCUCAGUCAAGCAGAUGGAGCAGGUGAUUGGCGAGAAAGAGAAGCCAAAGAUCUGACAGAGCUAGUCCAGAGGAGAAUAACAUAUCUUCAGAACCCCAAGGAUUGCAGAAAAGCCAAGAAGCUUGUGUGUAAUAUCAACAAAGGCUGUGGCUAUGGCUGUCAACUCCACCAUGUUGUCUACUGCUUCAUGAUUGCAUAUGGCACUCAAAGAACUCUCAUUUUGGAAUCCCAUAACUGGCGUUAUGCUACUGGUGGAUGGGAGACUGUAUUUAGACCUGUGAGUGAGACAUGCACAGAUAGAACAGGCACUACUACUGGACACUGGACAGGUGAGAUAAAUGACCAAAACAUUCAGGUGGUAGAGCUUCCCAUUGUUGACAGCCUUCAUCCACGGCCACCUUAUUUACCACUGGCUGUUCCAGAAGACCUUGCAGAUCGACUAGUGCGGGUCCAUGGAGAUCCUGCUGUAUGGUGGGUUUCCCAGUUUGUCAAAUACUUAAUCCGUCCACAGCCUUGGUUAGAAAAGGAAAUUGAAGAGGCCACCAAAAAGCUUGGUUUCAAGCAUCCAGUUAUCGGAGUUCAUGUCCGACGUACAGAUAAAGUGGGGACAGAAGCUGCAUUCCAUCCCAUUGAGGAAUACAUGGUGCAUGUUGAAGAGCAUUUCCAGCUUCUUGAACGCAGAAUGCAUGUAGAUAAAAAAAGAGUUUAUUUGGCCACAGAUGAUCCCUCCUUACUGAAGGAAGCAAAGUCCAAGUACCCAAAUUAUGAAUUUAUCAGUGAUAACUCCAUAUCCUGGUCAGCUGGACUACAUAAUCGAUACACAGAAAAUUCCCUACGAGGUGUGAUUUUGGAUAUACACUUUCUGUCACAGGCAGAUUUCCUAGUCUGUACAUUUUCAUCCCAGGUCUGUCGAGUUGCCUAUGAAAUCAUGCAGACACUCCAUCCAGAUGCUUCUGCCUACUUCCAUUCUUUGGAUGACAUUUAUUAUUUUGGGGGCCAGAAUGCCCACAACCAGAUUGCUGUUUAUGCUCACCAACCACGAACUGCUGAUGAAAUCCCUAUGGACCCUGGAGAUGUUAUUGGUGUGGCUGGAAACCAUUGGGAUGGCUAUUCUAAAGGUGUCAAUAGAAAACUAGGGAGAACAGGCUUGUACCCUUCCUAUAAAGUGAAGGAGAAAAUAGAGACAGUCAAAUACCCCACAUACCCGGAAGCUGAGAAAUAGACUUGCAGGCAAGGAAAUGGACGAAACUCACUCGGUUCGAACUGUUUUGAGCCAAACAGCAUACUAACUAAAUUUUGAAUUUACGUUUUAACUCAGAGUUAAACAAAUGAAAAAGCCUUCAGGACUGAGACUGAAUGAACAGCUUAAAACGGUUGGAUGAACCAUCGCUGGAUUUCCUCCUUAAUGAACACAUUUUGUUACAAUGCACUUGCCCCUGUGCGCAGACCAAUAGCCUACUCACAUGCAAACAGUUGUUUUUUUUCCCUUGCCCCUUCUUUCAAGGUUUCAUCCCCGUCAUUCAUCACCAAGUGAGCAUUUGGCCUACACUGUCUCUGUCAUUAAUUGACUAUAAUUCUGACUUUUUAACACUGCCACGUUAUGUAAUUUGAGUGACAUGAACAUAUUUUAUAUGUGUGAGAUUUCAAACAUGGUGCCUAUAUUUGAGAGAUCUAUGUGACCUGUUCAGAAGAAUCAAACUUUACCCCGUCUCUUGGUGGGGGAAGAGUUGGUUCUUAACUUUUGGUGGUGCCAUGACCACCAAACCUGCUCCGACCAACAGAUUCAGAAUGAGAAUUCGAUGUUCUUUUCUUUAAAUUUUUUUUAAGUAAUUGCAUUGAUUCAUCACAUCAUUAAUAAGUGAAGGAUACAUCUGAAAAUAAACUAUUCACCCUCCAUUAGGAACUUUUGUAAAACAAUGCCAUGAACAAAUUCUUUAGUACUUAAUGUUUCUGGACAUUGUCUUUGAUAACAAAAAAUAAAUUUAAAAAAUAGAAGUUUUGUAAUUUCUUUUCAUAUUUCUGGUCAGUAAGAGAACUGGCCAUCAGCAUUACAAUGAAAGAAUACAGUAAAAUGGAAGAUAAUGUUAAAAGGAGGAAGGGCUGGAGUUUUGUAGCUUUUUCCUCAUGCCUAUCUUCAAUUUCUCUUACUUUUUCUCAUAAAAAAAUCUUUAGGGAUCAAUUAGACAUCCCUAUGUGAUCCCUAAAUACAACCGCCAUGUUUUGAGAAGCAAGGCUAAGUUUACCCAUGUUCUUAUUAUAAAGUUGCUCAGAACUUUUUUUAUCCUAACUUUUUUUGAGGGAGAAGUUGGUGGGACAAGGUGUUAAAAUAAGGAAGGGCUGGAGUUACAGCAAGAAUUUAGUUUAGUAUGAUAUAGAAAACUUGAAUGAACUAAUUUUCCUUUACCACCAGAGAGGGAAAACUAAAGUGAAAAUGAUUCCAGGUUCAGUUAUGUUUAUAAUUACUGGAAUUUUAUGUAUUGUAUAUAUGUUUGUGAAGUCAUAAAUAUCAUCAAUAUAUGUCUUGUUGGAUCAGAUACCUUAGUGGGUGUGCCUGAGAAGAAUUUUGUACUCCUUGGCCAGCUUCUGAGAAGAGGAUAACUUUAGAUGUCCACUGACUAAACAUGGGAAGCUGUGAUUUCCAUUAUCUCCCACAGUAUAUGAAAUGUGUUAUCAUCAAUAAAGCAAUUUUUAUUGGUGGUGAAGAGGGAUAAUAAGAGUCUACAAAACUAAGUUGAGUCCAAUAAGUCCCUCUAAAUUCUGUAUUUACUAUCUCAAAAUCAAAAGAAAUUUCAAGGGAUAGAAAUUAAUAAAUUCUUUCUGGACAUCUUUAAAAAGUCACCAUUCUUUAAAAAAAAAAAAAAGUAUACUUCACUUGUGUGUAAUGAAUUUGUUGCAAGUAUCUUUUUAGGGACUUUUUCUGGUAUAUAUCCAGGUUGCAAAUGAAAAAUCUGAAUGUUUUGGAGGAUGAUAACAGAUUUCAUGUUAAGUAUCAGAGAAUUCAGUCAGAAAAGAAUUUUAUUGUAUCUUUUCUCUCCCCUUGCCUUUCCUCUUCUCAUCUUCUUUGUUUAAAGAAUGCCAGGUGAACAGUAUAGAUUGGCAUUUUGUCUAUAACUUGGAAUUCUAAGAAUUAGUCUUAGAAACUUAUCUAGAGUACUGAAAGUUUAAAUGACUUUUCCACGCUCACACGUUGUGUGAAAGUCAAAAUCAGAACUUGGACCAGAUCUUCCUGAUUCCAAGAUCAGUCCCCUUAGGUCAUGAUGUCUCUGAUAGUCAUUCUCUUGGAGCUGCACUAAAACAAAAUGAAAGGACUGUGUGCAUUCUUUUUUCCAAUUGCCUGACAAUGUUUUUAGCCCUCAAGCCCAACAAGUGCAAAAAAAAAAAAAAAAAACAAUUGUUGACAACUUUACAGUUACUAAUUUUAAAUGUUUGUUUUGAUAGAAAUGAAAAUUGAAUGUUAGAACUCUACCCUGAUGUAAUUUGGAAUUUGUAAGUCUUUAGACCGUAUAAUUGUCUGACCUGUCAUUAAGUUUGAGUUAGACGAAACCUGCAGGAAGAAUACUGUGAGAUUAACUUAUUUAAAUCAGAGCACUGGGCUAGAUGUCAGGAGAUCUGGGUUCAAAUUUCUGAAUGCCACAUUAAAUGCGUGAACUUGA